CGUGAAAGCGUUCUCCUCCUCUUCACUUCCGUCUCGCUAAUGCUCACGGCGAGCACGCGUCGAUCGACAGAGGGGAAACCAGCAUGUCCGAGAAGAAGUCCGUCCUCGAUCACCGUCACCUCGCGGCGGCGGCGGCCGCCGGCGAGAUGAAGAAGGACAAGGAGAAGGCGAAGCCGCCGUCGCCGGCGGCGGCGUGGAAAUCGCUGAAUCGGAGCAGCCAGAGCGGGAGCGGGGAGGAGCACGGCGGGGACGGCCAGGGAUCCGACGGCGGCAGCGGCGGCGGCGGCGGCGAUUCCUCCCUCCCCGCCGUCAGGUUCUCCACUCGGAACGCUUCCUCCAAGUACGACUUCGUCAAGGUGAAGGUGUGGUUAGGGGAUAAUUGCGAUCAUUACUACGUUCUCUCGAGGUUUCUCCUCAGCAGAAUGUUGACCGUCACUAAGAUUCCAAAUCAUGUUGCCAUCAAAAUCGCCCUCGAACUGAAGAAGUUGCUCAUAGACAACAGCCUUCUGGAUGUCUCUCAGUCUGACUUGGAAGCUAACCUCUUCAAGCUGAUGGAGCGGCGGGGUUAUGGAGAGGAGUAUAUAAAUCGUUACAAAAUGAUGACUAGAUUUCAUCAUCAAAGAGUGCCUUUGGUUAUCCUAGUGUGUGGGACUGCCUGUGUUGGUAAAUCUACCAUUGCAACACAGCUUGCUCAGAGAUUGAAUUUGCCAAAUGUCUUACAGACGGAUAUGGUAUAUGAGCUUCUGAGAACCUCAACAGAUGCACCACUAGCAUCCACUCCUGUUUGGGCACGAGACUAUAGUUCAUCCGAGGAGCUGAUUACAGAAUUUUGUAGAGAAUGCAGAAUUGUUCGUAAAGGCCUUGCUGGCGAUUUAAAGAAGGCAAUGAAAGAUGGUAAGCCAAUUAUUAUUGAGGGAAUACAUCUGGACCCAAGCAUUUAUUUAAUGGACGACGAGAACAAAUUGCCUGGUGAUGAUCCAGCAAAGAGAAAAGAGGCAAAACCCUUACCUGUUACAUCAGAUGGUUAUACUGCCACUCAAAUGGAAAAUAAUCCUUCAAGUGUCUGUAGUAGUCAUGAUGAGAGUAGCAAUAGCUCUCUUGGGCAAGCGAACUUUGAAGAGGUUAAUGUUGACCAAUUGCCUAAAAUGUCAGUUUCUCUGGAAUCUAUGCACCUAGGUGGAAAAGUCACUGAAUGUCAAAAUGUCAAAGAUGCAGAGGAAAAUAAAACUAUGGUGACAAGGAAAGAAAAGUCUGGUGCUGAACCAAUAAUUGUUCCUAUAGUUCUAAAGAUGGCAGAAUUUGAACAUAAGGCAUUACUGGAGGAAUGGAUCUCAACACGGACAUUUAGUGGUAAAUGUCUUAUUGAGGACAAGGAUAGGCUGAUAGGCAACUUAAAAACUAUUCAAGAUUAUCUUUGCUCGUUUGAAAAACAGGGUUUGCCGGUUGUCAAUAUAUCUGCAACAACUUUCCCGCAAACAUUAGAUCAUCUUCAUAAUUAUCUUCUUGAGUGUAUUGAGCAAGGUAUUUCAUCAUCAUCGAGCAAAAGUGGCAGGCACUCGGUGGAAAAGUAGUUAGGGGUUCGAUGAUAGUUUGAGCAUUUUCUGGUGUGAAAGUCUCUUAACAAAAGAUGUAUGAUAAAAGGGAAUGUGGUAAAUACCCCAAAUGUGUGGCAAUGUGAGAGCAAUCCGAUAAACAAAAUGUCCGAGACCGACUGAAGUAGCCUCAAUGCUGCACAGGAGGCUUUCUACAGGUAGCAGAUUGUUUUGAAAUUUUUCUUCCACUUUGCCCAUGGGAAAGCUUAGGCAACGCGUCCUUUAGAGGCGAUAGCAGUUGAAUUUGUAUCGACACAGAAAGACACGAGUGAAAACUGGUGCGCGCGGUUUAUUCUCCUCAUUCUCAUCGGCAAGUCAACUGAAGUGAUUCUGGGAAAUGAUUGAUUGUAUGAGUGCUUGGUUUCGCAUUAUGGUUUUUAACCAGUGAAUUCGGCAUGCUAUGCACGAUAUGAUGAAACAGUCAUAGUCUUAGCUCGAAUGGUUAGAUUGCAUGGUGGUGUUAAACGUU